CGAUUCACUCUCACUCGUGCACCGGUCGUUAGACGCCAAGCACGCCGUCGCCUUUAUAACAUUUAAUUUGUGUUUUUCCAAAGUUUUAAACUCCUCGCUACUGCUUCAAAAUUUUGAGACUCUUCUAUCGGCAGCUAAUGCUGCGACUGUCAUUUACCUCAACCGGAUAAAUGUCCAUGUAAACACUCAUCGAUCGCAUGUUAUACUUUUAGGGUGUAUAUAAUAAAAUGUAGCAAAAUCGUGCGACUUCGCUAUAGGUACGUAAGUGAGCUUAAUGCGAGCGCAUUCACCUUAUGACAGGCGCGCUCCAGAGUUACAGCGAUAUUAUAAUAUAUACAUACAUUCAAGUAUAGAUAGAAACACACCGUCGACGUACAGUCUACACGAUACAGUGAGUGCUUUGUGACUUGUAAAUACAUACGCACUAUAUACCGCGCGCCAACCAAGCAAACAGUCCCAAAAAUUUCCUUCUCGUCGUUGUUGCGCGCCACGAGUGCCAAAUCUUACUUUUUACACUUUGUUGAAACAUGGAGUGGUCAAAUGUGGAAGUAGGAUUUUUGAAGGAAUGUCAAGUGUUGGAGCCAAAGUUGACUUACGGUUCCUACGGAUUUGUGCCCUUGCACGAGUUACGUUACCACGAAAAACUACGACAACUUGAAUUGGAUCGAGCCGAACAAAAAGUACAUCAGUCGAACCAAGCACAGCAACAACAGCAACAGCAAAUGGAUAUCGAUUGCAACAACUUCGCUCAACAACAAGAAUUUAACCAUCACAACGCAGAUAGUAGGAAGCGGCGUACAUGUGACGAAAAUGGUGAUGAAGAAAACGGCCCGUUGCAGGAUAUUUCACAUGCAAACAAAAAGUUCCGACAUUAUUUUGUUUUCAGGGGUGGAAAUAACACACGCUCAGCAUCAUUUACAAAAUCUCCAAAAUGUUCAAAAGACCCAGCACCGAGCAAUGGAUACUCCACGCUGCACCAUGAAUCGUUUUUAUUAAACCCUGCUACAAAUAUAGAUUUACCUCAGUUAAUUACUAAUAAUAAUAAAUCUAAGUUAAUAUUAACACGUGAUUCCAAGAAGUAUGGAACAGAUAGUGAAUUAGAAAAUAUGUUAUUAUCAACUCAUGGUUGUACAGUCUAUCACUGCCAUCGUGAUGAAAUUGAGUUUUAGCGGUUCUAGACAACUUUUAAACAUUUAAUCAUAAUCAAGGCUGGAGCAUUUAUGAAUUAUUAAAUUUAAAAUAUUGUUGAUAU